AUGAAUCAGUGUAACAUUAAUCUUCUUGAUUUACCUAAUGAGAUAUUACUUAUCAUUUUAAAAAAGCUUGAUAAUACGGAUGUUCUUUAUUCAUUAUUUGAUAUCAAUAAUCAACGACUAGACAACAUAUUGCAAAGAAAUACUUUUACUAAUAGUCUCAAUUUUGUAUUAACAACAUUAACUGAUGAUAUUUUAUCGAUUUCUGAUCCAAUACUUGAUCGAUUCUGCAAGAAUAUAUUACCAAGAAUUCAUUAUAAUGUUAAAUCUCUUAUUCUUAAUUCAUUCUCUAUGGAACGUAUUCUUCUUGCUGGUGAUUAUCCGAAUUUAACUGAACUUAAAAUCUAUAAUUUUAAUGAGAAAAUUUGUUUACUUUAUUUUACAGUAGAAACACCAUUUAGACAUAUUUUUCAACAACAAAUUACAGAACUUAUUCUUGUAUUUGAAAAUGAUUAUAAUGAAGAAUCAUGUGAAUAUUAUACAACAAAUGUAUAUGAAUUUAUUUUGAAAUUUUUCGAAAAUUUAGAACAUUUAUCUAUUAUUGGAGAAUCGUAUCCUAAAUAUUUUCCACCUUUAAUACUACGUAGUUUACCCUUAACUACUUCUUACUCUUCAACUCUUCAUAAAUUAUGUAUUCAUGUAAAGAAUUAUGAUGAUUUUUUUGCUUUACUCGAUGGUCGUCUUAAACAAUUAACUACAUUGAAUGUUGUUAUCCGUGAUAGGGGUGAAUAUCAUUCAACGAAUGUUUACAAUAUAGAUGAUCUACCUGAUUUGAAAUGUUUUCACUUAACAUGUCAUUGUUUAACUGAUAAAUAUGAUGGCCAAAUUUUACCUCUUUUACGUCGUAUGUCAAAUAUUGAAGCUUUAAAUUUAGACAUUACUAUUGAUAAUCGAUCUACAUUUAUUGAUGGUAAACAUAUUUAUAAUGAAAUUAUUGUUCAUAUAUCAAGACUUCGUACAUUUAACUUCUGUUUUUGUAUCUAUAGUGAAUUGAAUCAUUUAGUUCAUCAUUUAUCUAAAGAUGAUAUUCAAAACUUUUUCUAG